AUGUCAGACCCCGCAACCGGGUCAGUUGACACCGUCGAAGCGUUCAACCAUGCCAUCGCAGCCCUCCGCAAUGAUCCUUCCACCACCAACCCCCCCGGUCUCACAAGCGGGCAAGACACAGUCGAGACCCUCAUCAAUGACUUUCUUACCCCCUCAUCCAAGUUCUCCGCACCAGAACUAGCUCGCUCGCAAGUCCACUGGCGACGCAAACCAAAGCUCGAACACAUGCUAUGGGCCGAACCCAGCACUUCCUUACACUCGCUGGAGUUCGUUCGCGCCGGUCUUGAAGGUCGUAUCGUCUCCUACCGCGAAGUAUCGCAUACCGCGACACCGUUGCUCGACUCGAAAUCUUCAGCGUCGAUGGCAAGGAAGCCUGCUCAGUCGAGCAAUUUUGUCAGAGGCAAGUCGGCGUAUGUUCCCUUUGCACCUGGUGGACUGGAGAAUGAGGUGAUGAAGAAUGCCGAAGAUGGAGACCAGGAUGCGAACGAUUUGUCUGAUACGAUCCGUUCGCAGGUAGCGGAGAUGGAAGAUACACUAAGCUCUGGUAGAGGGUUGCGGGCAAAGGCACCCGGUCUUAGUCGCUCCUUUAUCGACCCUAACGCGGGCGACUCCGAAGAUGAUGAAGACGCGAAAGCCGAUGGAAUGGCACCUUCGAGGGUUCGUGAUCCAUCACAAGCAUUCAACGUCGGGUUAGGUUUGACCCCGAUCCCGGUCUACCGUCCAAUCGAACAAGAACGAGCCGGGCCCUCACGCUACCAACCCAACGGCGACGCCCAACGCGCCACCAACGCCCAAGACGCAGAACUAGACGAGCUUCUCCCCGUCGAACGACCCCAACCUCUCACCCAUUUCCGUCGAAGCGCCAAAAUCGAAACAAAACGAGACUGGGCACACGUAGUCGAUGUCAACCAAAAACUCGCCAACUUCCACGAACUGGUCCCCCAAAUGGCCCAUUCCUUCCCAUUCGAACUCGACACUUUCCAAAAAGAAGCCGUAUACCACCUGGAACAAGGCGAUUCCGUCUUUGUCGCUGCCCACACCAGUGCCGGUAAAACCGUCGUGGCAGAAUACGCAAUCGCUCUGGCACAAAAACACAUGACACGCUGCAUCUACACUUCGCCGAUCAAAGCGCUUUCCAAUCAGAAGUACAGAGAUUUCAAGCAGACGUUCGGAGCGGCGAAUGUGGGUAUCUUGACGGGUGACGUGCAGAUCAAUCCCGAGGCACCGUGUCUGAUUAUGACGACGGAGAUUCUUAGGAGUAUGUUGUAUAGAGGUGCGGAUUUGAUUAGAGAUGUAGAGUUUGUGAUUUUCGACGAGGUGCAUUAUGUGAAUGAUCAAGAGAGGGGUGUGGUUUGGGAGGAGGUGAUCAUUUUGUGUCCCCAGCAUAUCAAUUUGAUUUUGCUCUCGGCGACGGUGCCGAAUACAAAAGAGUUUGCGGAUUGGGUCGGGAGGACGAAAAAGAAGGAUAUCUACGUCAUCAGUACUCCAAAGCGACCCGUGCCACUCGAGCACUUCUUGUAUGCAGGUAAGGAGAUGUUCAAGAUCGUCGAUGCUAGGGCGCAGUUCCUAGGUUCCGGAAUCAAAGAGGCCGGUGAAGCGCUCAAGAGGAAGCAGGAGAAGGAAAGGGAAGCCAACGCCGCAGCUACAGGCGGUGGAGGUGCAGCCCGUGGUGGUCGCGGCGGAGGCGCUGCUGGCUCGAACUCGCGAGGUCGUGGGGGUAUGGUUCCAGCCCGAGGCGCAGCACCAAGAGGACGCGGCGGAGCCAACCCCGGCGCGGGCCGAGGCGGAUUCACAGGUACAACCACCGUCCGUACCGGCUUGGACAAGAACCUCUGGAUCCACCUUGUCGGCAAUCUCCGCAAAAAGGACCUCCUGCCCUGCGUCGUGUUCGUUUUCUCCAAGAAGCGUUGCGAAGAGUACGCCACCUCCAUGCCCAACACCGACCUCAACGCUGCAAAGGACAAGUCCGAGGUCCACAUUGUCAUCGAAAAGUCCCUCACCCGACUCAAGGGCACCGACAAAGAACUUCCCCAGAUCAAACGUAUGCGAGAUCUCCUCAGCCGUGGUAUCGGAGUACAUCACGGGGGGUUGCUACCCAUUGUUAAAGAGAUUGUGGAACUUCUCUUCCAGAGAGGGUUGGUGAAGGUUCUGUUCGCAACAGAAACCUUUGCAAUGGGAGUCAACAUGCCAGCUCGUUCCGUCGUCUUCUCUUCUAUCCGCAAGCACGAUGGACACGGAUUCCGCGAGCUCCUCCCUGGCGAAUACACCCAGAUGUCAGGCAGAGCAGGUCGUCGAGGCCUAGACGCAACCGGAGUAGUCAUCAUCAACGCUGCCGAUCAACUCCCCGAAACCGCUGUCCUACACAAAAUGCUACUCGGUCAACCAACAAAGCUACAAUCGCAGUUCCGACUCACCUACAACAUGAUCCUCAAUCUUCUCCGCGUGGAGGCGCUCAAGGUGGAAGAAAUGAUCAAACGCUCGUUCAGCGAAAAUGCAGCACAAAAAAUGCUGCCGGAUCAACAAAAGAAAGCGCAGGAAUUGGAGAAGAAGCUCGCCCGUGCCCCACGCCCGCAGCCGCAGGAGUUAGAUGAGCAGCUAUCGACGUAUUACGAUCUGUGUACGGCGGUGGUCGCUUCGAAUCAGAGCCUGUUUGAGUUGGCGUUAGGUCAUCAGCAGGGAGCGAAGAAUUUCGGAGCGGGGAGGGUGGUGGUGUUGAGGGAUGGUCAUUUUGAUUUUGAUGUGGCGGCGAUUGUUAGGCAGCUGUCCGGGAGCGAGUUUUUGGUGCUGGCGGCGGUGACACAAGAGAGGAAGAGCGGUGGGUUUUAUUGGAAGGAUGAUGAGGCAGAUGGUUCUGGUGGUCCUCCGCCGCUCUGGCCACCAAAGGUGACUCCUGUAGACAACCCGGAGGAUCAACUCGUGUACGACCUCAGAGAAGUACCAUUGAGCAGUAUCGCCUUUGUCAGUGACCAAACCAUCAAGCUCGACGUUCCGCUCAUCACCGCCCACCGAAUCAGUACCAUGAACCGCGCUCUUCAAGCUCUUAUCCCCAUCCGCACCGGCUUUUCCACCUCCGAAGGUGCCCUCAAAGAAGCCGAAUGGUCCAAACUCCGCAGGCUGGACUUCCAAGAAGCAGUCCGCAGCCGCAACUCUUACGCUUCGAAAACGUCUCAACAUCUCUCCCUCCUCUCCUCACCCGACUUCAACGCUAACUACGUUUUGGUCUCGCACUACAAGCACCUCACAACCCAACUCGAAGCCACGCUCCGCCUCUCUUCAGAUGAAAACCUCGAACUUCUUCCUGACUACAAUCAACGAGUUUCCGUCCUCAAAACUCUGCGCUAUAUCGAUCCCGUCACCGAGUCUGUCCUUCUUAAGGGCAGAGUCGCGUGCGAAGUCAACUCUGCCAACGAAUUAGUCUUGACCGAACUCAUCCUGGAAAACGUCCUUGUCGACUACGAGCCCGAAGAGUUGAUCGCACUACUAUCCAUCUUCAUCACGCAAGAGAAAACUGACGAUAUCCCCAUCCUCGAAGGUCGCCUCCUUCAAGGUUAUGAAAAGAUUCUCGAAAUCGCAGAACGAGUAUCCACCGUCCAACUCUCAAACCAUCUCGCUUCGGAAGACUUCAGCGUCCCAGGAAAGACAGCGCUGGUGGGGGUUGUGUACGAGUGGGCCAAAGGAACAGAUUUCGCAAGUAUCGCUGCUAUGACCGAUAUUCAAGAAGGUAGUAUCGUCAGAGUGAUUACGAGGUUGGAUGAAACAUGUAGAGAGAUUAGAGAUGCUGCUAGGGUGAUUGGUGAUAGGGAUUUAGGGGAGAAGAUUCAGACUUGUCAAACGCUGAUCAGGAGGGAUAUUGUUUUCGCUGCUAGUUUGUACUUCUAG